CGCAUUUCCGAGCUCAUUUACUGGCCGAUAAAGCUGCGAAUUCAGACAAUAAGUAAGAGAUAUCAGACAUGGGCCAUGGGCCCCCGUUCUUGACUUGGAAACCGACUUUCAAGUCGCUUCAGUAAAACUGUUUUUAGCUUGGGUAUCAAAUAUGGCCGGCUCCAAUGAAUCAAACCUCCCGAUCACAUCGCCUUCCUGGCUACGACAUGAGAAGGGUUCCCAUCGUGGGACUGGUCUAUAUCCUAGUUUCUACCUCCCAUGCCCUCGAUCUCGGAGCUCGACCUAGUUGACUUGCACGGCAGAGUAGCUAUCGUGACUGGUGGAAACACUGGCAUUGGCUAUGCUACCAUCCAGAUGCUGGCGCGCAAGGGGGCUAAGGUUUAUAUGGCUGCGCGGGACCAAGAACGAGCAGAAACAGCCAUACAACAACUCGAGGCUGAAGGGAUCUCGGAUGGGAGUGUGCAUUGGCUCAAAUUUGACCUUUCGGACGUCCGCAAAGUGCGAGAUGCCGCAGAAAGCUUCCGUAAGAAAGAGGAGCGCCUGGACAUCCUCAUCAAUAACGCAGCAAAGGCAUUGCCUGGACCAUUUCUUGUAAACGCCGACGGGCUUCUAGACAUCAUGGCUAUCAAUCAUAUCGGGCCCUUUGCUUUGACCCAAAGUCUCCUUCCACUCAUGAUUGAGACGGCCAAAAGCCCCAACUCCGACGUUCGGAUAGUCAAUUUGACCUCGAUGUUGCACACCUCUGCGAAACCGUCGACAUUUGCGACAAAGGACGCCUUGAAUAAGAACUACGGAGACUCGUUUUUGGGGUCUAUCGGUACAUACGCGAACUCGAAACUGGCCAACGUCCUGCACAUGAAGGAACUUCAAAAGCGUCUUUCUGCUGAGUCUGUCCCCAUCACAUGUAUUGCAGUGCAUCCAGGGACCGUGAAAACGAGCAGUGCGGACGAUUCCCUGGGCUCUGUGCCUUGCCUCGGGUGGCUGUUGCGGGACUACAUUGGGCCGCUGUUCUAUGCGCCCUGGCACCGUGGUGCGAUGCCUGUCGUUUUUGCCGCGGCAGGUGCGAAAGUGGCAGAGGACAAUGCGAGAUACCGUGGCGCCUAUGUGGGGCCGCCGGGUGUUCUGGCCCAGUCAUCAAAGUAUGCACUGGAUGAGCGCCUCCAGCAAGAGUUGUUUGAUACCACCGAGGCAAUACUGGCAGAGCUCGAAUAGUUGAAGUUCAAUUUGUAAAAUACCGUUGUUUAUGAGAUAUGUGGAUGUGAAAUCAC